AUGAUAAGUAGCUUAAUCCAUAAAGAUCAAUACGAAUUACGUCUUGAACUUGACAGACGAAAAACAAUGCUCCGACCAGACGCUGAAGAACAUAAACUCAUUGACCAUUUUUACAAAUUGAAACCAAGGCAAACAGAGAUGAAUUCAGCAAAAAUUAUAUGGAAAGCUAUACAUGAUCAACAAGCAAACCUAGACGAAAUUGCUAUAUUUAAAAAAUGGCUUCAACAUCACAUACUAGCAUCAUCAUGUACACUCCAGGAUAUGCAAUUACCAAAUAUAAACCGUAUAUUCGCCUCAAUAGUUUUUCACGAACAAACAUCAUAUACCGAACAUAUCGCUCAUCAAACUAUAGCCAGAGCCGAAGAAAUCGCACAACACUAUACAAACAUAGCAACAGCAGCGAAAACUAAACUGCAAUCAAGAAGAACUGAUCAUAAAAAUGUUCACCUAGUCGACCAAAUCAUCAAUACCAUUCUCAAACGUGAAAACAACAUGCAACAACAUGGUGUAUGUGAACUACAACGAAAACUUACAAUGAUAUUCAAUCAAACUCCAGUCGAAGCUACCGACGACCAACUCAAUAUGCAAACAAAAUAA